AUGUCGCCAUUACCUCCCACCCAGCCGUCGCCUCUCGCUCCUCCCCGCCGUUGCCUCUCCCUCCUCCCCGCCGUCGCCUCUCCCUCCUCCCCGCCGUCGCAUCUUCCUCCUCCCCGCCGUCGCAUCUUCCUCCUCCCCGCCGUCACCUCUCCCUCCCGCCGCUAUCGCCUCUUCCUCCUCCCCGCCAUCGCCUCUUCCUCCUCCCCGCCGUCGCCUCUUCCUCCUCCCCGCCGUCGCCUCUUCCUCCUCCCCGCCGUCGCCUCUUCCUCCUCCCCGCCGUCGCCUCUUCCUCCUCCCCGCCGUCUCCUUUCCCUCCCCCCGCCGUCACCUCUUCCUCCUCCCCGCCGUCGCCUCUCCCUCCCCCCGCCGUCGCCUCUUCCUCCUCCCCGCCGUCGCCUCUUCCUCCUCCCCACCGUCGCCUCUUCCUCCUCCCCGUCGUCGCCUCUUCCUCCUCCCCGCCGUCGCCUCCGGCGACAG